AAAGCGUUCCUGUGCUUCCCAGCUUUCCUAGCUGGGGGAUGGAAUUGUCUUCAUCACUGAUGAAGAUGGCGUGUGGUAUCAAAGCCUGUGACAUGGAGAAUUAGUGCCUUUAGGUGGCGUUGAGAUGCUUGGUCCUCCCAGGAGAAAGUAACCGAGUGCACGUGCUGCCCGCACCCUGCGCUGCUCCCGCAGUCGGUCCCUCGGACCCGUCUCAGCUCUGACCCUCCGUUGCCCCAAGAUGAGAUCUCGCCGUUACCGAAGGAAGAAGUGGAACACCACUCCCCAUGCCCACCCUCCGUCCGCAGCUUCGGCACCUGGGCUCUUCCCCGCUGCCAGAGCCUCCGGCUCUUCCUCUUUCCUUUCUCCUGGAAAUGAGAAUUUCAGGACACGUGAACACCUCGUGCCAUUGCUGUUUCAAUUCAAAAACCUGUUCCCGUGAAAGCGUCAGCUGCCUUUGAACCCUUUUGCUGCUUUGCCGUUCAUGAGGACUCCCAAAGGAGCUGCAUGGGAUGAGGCAGCAGGUGAGGAACGGCUCCAGCUCCGUGGGAACAUCACAGCUCUCCCCAACGGAUGCGACUGUGGGGGGCGGUGGGUGUUUUCCCCGAGCAUGUUGGGCUGUUGUCCCUUGCAUCCUCCCAGGAUGUGCAGAUUAAAAAAGAAGCAGAUAAUUCCAGCUUUUCUUGCCUUUUCAGCCACUUCAGCAAUCCCUGGUCUUAUUCCCUUGUGCUCCCAGGAGAUGCCGCAAAUGCAAUUUGAGAGAUUCAGGUCUCAUCUGCUUAUUCUGAGAUCAUCAGGGGGAAGAAAAAAAGCCCACGGUGGUGGAGCUGCAAGGGGUUAUAUAGGACGGGAGGUGCGGGGCUGCUGCAGACCUCGGCGCGCAGGGAGACGGCUCCUGCCCCGGCACCAUGGGCCGGCUGCUGCAAACCCUCUGUGUGCUCCUGCUCAUCACCUCCUGCCCCUGCGCCGUCAUCACCGGGUGAAAAGUCUGUUUAUAAACCAUGACAACACGUUUGCACCCCGGCUGCCUGUCUGCCUCCUGGAUUUUCCCAGCCGAUGGGAGGCCUGCGAGCGGGACCUGCAGUGCGGCAGCGGGACCUGCUGCGCCAUCAGCCUCUGGCUGCGAGGGCUGCGGAUGUGCACCCCCCUGGGGCAGGAGGGGGACGAGUGCCACCCCUUCAGUCACAAGGUCCCUUUCUUUGGGAAGCGCCAGCACCACACCUGCCCGUGUUUGCCCAACUUCAUAUGCUCCAGGUUCCUCGACGGUCGCUACCGCUGCUCCAUCGACUUCAAGAACAUUGAUUUUUAGGGGGAUGCUCCUGGCUCCCCAUCCAUGAGCCCUCAGCACCCGUUUCUUGCCCUCUCCCAUGGCCAUCGGGUGCCCACAUAGCUCUACGCAAUGUUAAAAGUGUUCUUCCAAGACAGUGUUGUUAUAAAUAUAUGUUCUAUGGGGAAACUGAGGCAUGGUCAGACCAAGCUGCUCUGACAUGUGGCUUAGAAGCUCUGUCCCAGCCCGGAGUAGGACCUGGCUCCAGCCUGCUCUGCAGAGGAGCGGCUCAAAGGACAGUGUGUGUGACAAACGUCUGUGGCCUCAAAAAUCCCUUUCACAAGACGUUGUCUGUGUGUAGUGGAUGCUGUCAGUUAGCUGUCACCCCCCUCCUUUAUUUCAUACAGUAAAAAUCAAGGGUGAUGCAAUUCGGAAAGACUGAAAGUAGAUGCUGAGCACCCAGCAGCCCAGCGCUGCCUCCCGGGGUUUUUACCCUGACAUGGGAUAAAAAUCUGGGAUGUGAAGCUGGGCAGCAGCAUUUCAUCGGCCAAAGCGUCUGCGGGGCCGAGCCCAGCAGUGAAGGGGGUGGUGGAGACCCCCACUAACUAUUUUUACACUUUUCAGUUGUGCAUUAGGAAAGAAAAAAAAAUCAGAGGGGCAGAGACUUCCUCUUGCAGAGAGUUUGAGCAUUUUAAUCAACAACCAAAACUUCAGCUUCUGCCCAAACUAACCCAAACCUGAAUCCUCUGCAACCCCCCCCUGCAUCCUCUGAGCUGCUUUAGCUCCCUGGCAAUUCCUCCUGGAUAAACCACAUCUGUCCCCAUAAUUCCCAUCAUGAUAUUGCCCGAUUGUGUCUUAGCAGUGUAUUUCUUCCCUGGAAGCAGCCCUUCAAGCUGGUGACGGAUGAUCGAAUCUAGCCUGCAAUUAAAAGAAAUCGAUAUCAAGUAGCCGUGGGAAAUUCAGGAAUGGGCUUUCCCCAAAGUUUGAGCGACGCGAUGUGUUUGGCAGAGGCUGAAGCAGGGCUGGCUGGGGCCGUGUCGUGCCAGAUGUGGGUCUUUGGGAUGUAGGAAAAUGUUUUCCAGCCUCAACAUCUGCCUGGGAUUCUGGCACCAUAUGAGGUUCGGGAACCUCUCUUUGUGUCAGUUGAAUUUGAGAAGAGAAUGGGGUAUUAAAGUUAAUUGAAUGUGCUAAAAGUUCUCUCAGACACGUGCUUUCAAUUCCCCUCUUAAAAACAUAUUGUGGA